GCUUCCGUCCCUGACCUCUUCUCCGAAACUACAUUACCCAACCAUUCCACCAAAAAACUUACCUUCAUCCAAAAAAAUGGCAAGACUGGCUUUUUUGUUCUCCCUUUUUCUCCUCUUCACCUUAUCUCAUGCCCGUUUCCUCACCGCCGACGAAACAUCUUCCGAUUUACCUGAAUCCAACCCUGAGUCCACAACCACAACCUCCAUCUUUCUCCCUAGCGAGAGGCCCGAUCUCAACAACGAUGAUGCCUCCGGCAUCGGAUCCAUCCCUUUGACCAGGAUCCGUUUUCUUCCUGUAAAUCGUCACUUCCCAAGGCGACCUUUGUUUCCUUUCCGUCACAAGCACAGCUGCCGUUUCCAUAAACGUUUCAGGACUUUGAACCCACGCUUCCAUCACAAGCGCUUUAUUUCUUACGGCAACGACAUGAUUCUGUCCGACGAUAAAAGCUUUGACCCGGAGUCACACGGUGUGUUCGUCAGGUCGACGCCAGAUGGGGCAGUUUUCACGAUGAUGGCGCCCAGUUUAAGCACCAUGAUCAAGACCGUGAGGAUGAUCAUCACCACCAUCAUCAUGACCAUGACCAUGAGGAAGAUCAUCAUGACCAUGACAAUGAGGAAGAGGACGAUCAUCAUCACCAUGACCAUGAGGAACAGGACGAUCAUCUUCACCAUAAGGAGGGAGAGGCAAGGGAAAAGGAGCACCGAGGAGGCAGGUUCACGGAGAAGUUUCGCAGGUUCUUUAUUCAUUUUUGAAUAAACCAUGCACGUAAUAUAAUCAUAGUGAUCUAGUUAUGCAUCUAUAUCUAUAUGCAUAUUCGAGUAUUUUCACCCACUGUUAUCAGCCCUGACAGUAUGCCAGGGUAUUUACUAUUUAGUCUACUUUCUUAAGGUACUAAAUAAGAUCGCCUUCCAGAUGAACAAUA